AACCCAGUGAAGCGGAUCCCAGACUCUCAUGAAAUCACAUUGAUCCAUAGCAAGAAGACGGUAUCUGCUCUGGGACUGGACCCAUCAGGGGCCCGGCUGGUCACAGGAGGCUACGAUUAUGAGGUCAAGCUCUGGGACUUUGCAGGAAUGGAUGCGUCACUGCAAGCUUUCAGGACUCUGCAACCCUGUGAAUGUCACCAGAUUAAAUCUUUACAGUACAGUGCAACGGGAGAUGUGAUUCUUUGUGUGGCCGGCAGUGCCCAGGCCAAGGUGCUCGACCGAGAUGGCUUCCAGGUGAUGGAGUGUGCAAAGGGAGACCAGUACAUUGUCGAUCAGGCUCGGACCAAGGGACACACGGCAAUGCUGAACAGUGGUGUGUGGCAUCCGAAAAUAAAGGAAGAGUUUAUAACUUGCUCCAAUGAUGGGACUGUGCGGACUUGGGACAUGAACAAUGAGAAGAAACACAAGAAUGUUUUUAAGCCACGGACAGCACAAGGGAAGCGGGUUAUUCCCACCACAUGUGCCUACAGCAGAGACGGCAAGUUUAUCGCAGCUGCCUGCCAGGAUGGUUCCAUUCAGAUCUGGGACCGCAACAUGAAUGUUCACACAAAGUUUUACAAUCGUCAGGCGCAUGUUCCUGGCACCGACACCUCUUGCCUUAGCUUUUCAUACGACGGGUAUACGCUGGCUUCACGAGGUGGGGACGACACCAUUAAAACCUGGGAUGUGAGGAAUUUCCGGAAUGCUCUGAAUGUGGCAACUGAUCUUCCAAACAUAUAUCCAAUGACAGACUGUUGUUUCAGCCCUGAUGAUAAGAUGCUGGUAACGGGAACAUCUGUGCAGAAAGGCAAGGGGAGUGGAAAGCUACUGUUCUUCGAUAGAGAAACCUUUGUCAAGCUUUACGAGAUUGAGGUCACUGAUGCGAGCGUCAUUCGUUGCUUGUGGCAUCCAAAGCUAAACCAGGUCAUGGUGGGGACAGCAAAUGGAUUAGCAAAAGUCUACUACCACCCAGUGAAAAGUCAAAGAGGAGCCAAACUCUGUGUGGUGAAGACAAAGAGAAAAGCGAGGCAGAGUCAGACUGUCACACAAGAUUAUAUCAUCACACCACAUGCUUUGCCCAUGUUCCGGGAGCCCAGGCAGAAGAGCACCAGGAAACAGCUGGAGAAAGAUCGGCUCGACCCAGUGAAGUCCCACAAGCCCGAGCCUCCCGUGUCUGGCCCAGGUCGUGGUGGUCGUGUUGGGACACAUGGGGGCACAUUGUCCUCGUUCAUCGUGAAGAACAUCGCUCUAGAUAAAACAGAUGACAGUAAUCCACGUGAAGCCAUCCUGCGCCAUGCCAAGGAUGCUGAACAGAACCCAUACUGGGUGGCUCCUGCCUACGUGAAGACCCAGCCCCACGCAGUGUUUGCAGCCGUGGAGUUGGAGGAGGAACCAGAGGACGAUGAGCCAGAGUGGAAGAAGCGGAAAUUGUGAGCACACAGCAAGGGACAGAGCUGCUGUCCAUGAGGGUGGGGAGGGAGAUAUGUGGGGGCCCAGGGGGAUGGGUUUGGAGUGAAUGUUGAAGGGAGCACGAGGUUUGCAGGGUGAGUGUAUUUUACCAUGUGUCUUGAUCUAUUAAACAUCAUAAAGCAAA